UUGUUUCGUUUUUAUUUCUGAGUGCGGAAACGGCGCUAAUAAUAGAGCAUAUGUUCUGGCCAAGACUCUGUAGAGACUAAGAAAUGGAAAAGACUGCGUCUAAAAUGAGGAGAGAAGAGAACAAUCCUACUGUCUGUGAAGGGGACAUUGAAGGGAGUGGAACAACUCUUGACCAAAGACCCUCCCUCUUUGAUGUUUCCAAGGACACUGAGAAGAUAUCAGAGGAAAUGGGUGCUGCCUUUGUGGAUGGAAACAGAAAAGCUCUCAUCCAGAGGGUUACCAUGGUGAUGCCCAUUGCAGAUGAUCUACUCCAGAAGGAAAUGAUCCAUAAUGAGAUGUACUCUAACAUUGAAGCUGCCAAAACCAGCCAGAACCAGAUGAGGAAGCUGUACGAAGCCUUAACCUCUGGGGGAGUCAAAUCAGCCUUCUACAGGAUCCUCCUGGAGGUAGAACCUUAUUUGGUCCAGGAUCUGGGUGGAUCUUUGAACACUGGACAGAUAAAAGUGGAUGACAUCACAGAGAGAGUUAAAGAAAACCAUAAAGCCAGGCUGAAGGAUACGUUUACAUUUCUGUGUGAAGGAACAGCAGAGGAAGAGUCUCGACUCGAUACCAUUUACACCCAGCUCUACAUCACCCAGGGAGAGAGUGAAGGGGUUAAUACAGAACAUGAGGUUAGACAGAUUGAAUACACAUCCGGUAGAAGAAACAUAUCUGACACUCCAAUCAACUGCAACGACAUUUUCAAACCCUCACCUGGAAAGAAGAGUGAAGAGGAGAGACCCAUAAGAACUGUUAUGACAAAGGGCAUCGCUGGAAUCGGAAAAACUGUCUCAGUGCAGAAGUUCAUCCUGGACUGGGCAGAGGGAAGAGCCAACCAGGAUGUGGAUUUCAUCUUUGUGUUUCCUUUCCGAGAUCUGAAUUUGAUUCAAGAUGAUCAGUACAGUCUUCAAGGGAUUUUGAGUUAUUUUCACCCCGAACUUGAAGAGAUAAAAUAUGCACACAGAUAUGCUGACUGUAAAGUCAUGUUCAUCUUUGAUGGCCUGGAUGAAAGCAGAUUACCAUUAGCUUUUAAUAAGAAUAAGAAACUGAGUCAUCUAAAUGAGACAUCUUCAGUUGACAGGUUGAUGACAAACCUCAUUGAUGGAAAUCUACUCCCCAAAGCCCUCAUCUGGAUAACCUCCAGACCAGCAGCAGCCAAUCAGAUCCCUCGUAAGUACAUCAGCAAGGUGACAGAAGUACAAGGGUUCAGUGACAAACAGAAAGAACAAUACUUUGAGAAGAAUGUCCAGGAUGAGAACCUGGCCAGGAGAAUCAUCUCACAAAUUAAAACAUCAAGAAGCCUCCACAUCAUGUGUCACAUACCAGUCUUCUGUUGGAUUACUGCCAGGGUUCUUCAGCACAUGAUGACUGAAGGAAAGAGUGGAGACAUCACAUCUCUGACUGAGAUGUACACUCACCUCACACUCAUUCAGACAAAUCUGAAAAGCAUGAAGUACGAUGGCACAACUGAGGAUGAUUUGGACACAAUCACAGAAAGAAACAAAGAAAUAAUUCUCAAACUGUCACAACUGGCAUUUAAACAGCUGGUGAUGGGAAACAUCAUAUUCUAUAAGAAAGACCUGGAAGAGUGUGGGAUUGAUGUCAGUGAAGCUUCAGUGAACUCUGGAUUUUGCACAGAAAUUAUUAAAAAAGAGCAGGUGGUACAUAAGAGAAAAGUGUAUUGCUUUGUUCACCUGAGCUUCCAGGAAUUCCUUGCUGCUCUGUACAUUUUUCAGUGCUAUGUGAGUAACAAUUUGACGGCUCUGGAGUCUUUCAUUGAAGAUGUGUCUUCUGAGCUGCCCUUUCAUGAGCUUCUGAGGAUGGUAGUGAAUAAAGCUUUGGAAAGUGAGAAUGGACACCUGGACCUGUUCCUCCGCUUCCUUGUUGGCAUCACACUGGAGUCCAACCAGAGACUGUUACAAGGCCUACUGCCACAGACAGAAAUCAGCUCAGAGACUGUUGAUGAAAUAAAGAAAUACCUCAGGAAGCCAAACGUAGAGCAAGUUUCACCUGACAGGUUCAUCAAUCUACUCAUCUGCUUGACUGAAAUGAAAGAUGAUUCAGUACAUGAGGACAUUGACAAGUUCCUGAAGUCUACAAAUCAAAGAGGACAACUGACAGGUACACACUUCUCAGCACUGGCCAACGCACUGCUGAUGUCAAAGGGUGUGCUGGAUGAGAUUGAUCUGAGAACAUACAACUAUUCACCUGGGUGCACGAGACUGGUCCCAGCUGUCAGGAAAUGUAGAAAGGCAAUACUGAUUGGCUAUCGACUAUCCAAGGAGGACUAUGAGUCACUGGCUUCCAUCCUCCAAUCAGAGGAUUCACCGAUGAGAGAACUGGACCUGGAGGACAUAGGCGAUCCUGAUCCUGAUGAGGACGGAGAUGAAGAAGAGGCCCGUCUGACUGUACUCCUCGAUGCUUUGAAACAUCAAGACUGUAAACUGGAGACACUGAGACUUGGUCACUUUAAACUCUUUAACGAGGACUGUGGAUCACUGGCCUCAGCUCUCCAAUCAGCAGACUCACCUCUGAGAGAACUGGACCUGAGGAACAGUGAGCUGUCUGAUGACGGGAGUAAAGUUUUUACUGCACUGAAGCAUCCGCUCUGUAAACUACAGACAUUGAGACUUGGUGACUUUAAAGUCUCUGAAGAGGACUUCGGAUCACUGGCCUCUGCUCUCCAAUCACCAGACUCUCCUGUGAGAGAACUGGUCCUGAGGAAUUGUAAGCUGUUUGAAGAUGGGGGAAAACUCUUUCAUUCUCUCAAACAUCUACACUGUAAUCUACAGACACUGAGGCUGAAUAGGUGUUAUCUGACAGAGAUAUGUUGUGAAGCGUUGGCCUCAGCUCUUAGUUCAAACACCUCUCAUCUGAAAGAGUUGGACCUGAGUCACAAUGACCUGCUGGAUUCUGGAGUGAAGCUGCUCUCUGUGGGACUGGGGCAUCAGAAGUGUAAAGUAGAACGACUGAGGCUGUCAUUCUGUAGAGUCACAGAGGAAGGCUGUGCUUCUCUGGCUUCAGCUCUGAGGUCAAAUCCCUCCCACCUGAGAGAACUGGACCUGAGCUUCAAUCACCCAGGAGACUCUGGAGUGAAGCUGCUCUCUGAACGACUGGAAGAUCCUGACUGUAGACUGGAGAAACUCAAUGUGGACCAUAAUGAAGAGUUCUGGGUGAACCCACAGCUGAUGAAGAAGUAUUACUUUCAUCUCACUCUGGACCCAAACACAGCGGGUAGAAACCUCUCUUUGUCUGAGGGGAACAGGGGGUUUAAGUUUGUGGAAGAGGAGCAGCCGUAUCCUGAUCACCCAGACAGAUUUGAAUACAGGGGCCAUGUGCUGUGUAGAGAGGGUCUGACUGGACGCUCCUAUUGGGAGAUGGAGAUGAAGGGGUGGCCUGAAAUAGCAGUGACAUAUAAAGACAUCAGCAGAAAGGGAGCCAGUCCAGCCACUGAGUUUGGAUUCAGUGACAAGUCCUGGAGUCUGAUGUGCAGGGAAGACUUUUAUUCCACCUCCCACAAUAGUCAGUGGACUUAUAUACCUGAUUUCCACUUCCUCCCCCCUCCUCAACCCCAGAGAGACCUGACCUCCUCACCUCCUCCCUCCUCACCUCCUCCCUCCAGGGUGGGAGUGUUUCUGGACUGGCCGGCCGGCACCCUGUCCUUCUACUAUGUAAACUCAGACACAAUGACCCACCUGUACACAUUCCACACCACAUUCACUGAGCCCCUCUACCCAGGGUUUUCGGUGGGUGUGGGUGAUUCCGUGACCCUGUGUCCUUGAGGAAUCUGUGUCUCCAUGAUAACAGUAAAACUCUCCUAACCAACCAUGUGACAUGCAAGAGGUUUCUCUUUCCCUGUCUCUCCUCUCUCUACAUGUUAAUGGACUUGUUAAUGAUACAAAGGGCUUUCCUGGCUUGGGAAACAUUUGUUUGCAUCGCCAAAUGAGUGUUUCACGGUCCGUCUUCUUUCUAGAGUGUUUCACGGUCCGUCUUCUUUCUAGAGUGUUUCACGGUCCGUCUUCUGUCUAGAGUGUUUCACGGUCCAUCUUCUUCCUAGAGUGUUUCACGGUCCGUCUUCUUUCUAGAGUGUUUCACGGUCCGUCUUCUUUCUAGAGUGUUUCACGGUCCGUCUUCUUUCUAGAGUGUUUCACGGUCCGUCUUCUUUCUAGAGUGUUUUACGGUCCGUCUUCUGUCUAGAGUGUUUCACGGUCCAUCUUCUUCCUAGAGUGUUUCACGGUCCGUCUUCUUUCUAGAGUGUUUCACGGUCCGUCUUCUUUCUAGAGUGUUUCACGGUCCGUCUUCUGUCUAGAGUGUUUCACGGUCCGUCUUCUUUCUAGAGUGUUUCACGGUCCGUCUUCUUUCUAGAGUGUUUCACGGUCCGUCUUCUGUCUAGUGUGAGUCAGUGUUUCACAGUCGGUCAGCUGUGCACGGGAGAGAAUGGCUCUGAUGCCUCUGGAUUGUCCCUGCACCGGCGGCCAUUUUCUUUUGGGAGUGUUGGUGUGAUGGUAAUGCAUGGGAGGGAGACGGGGGUCAGGGGUCAUCAUGGGCACUCUGACUGGUCUGCGGCUACGCAGCAGGAAUGUGUCACAACACACAGUGCAGUGUUUGUCUUUCCAUCUCCAUGGAUGUGAAAAACAUAUUGAUGUUUGCACUUUCGAUGGCCUCAGGAUAUAUUUGAUAACACAGUUGUAAUUUGAUCUCCACAAAGAAUUCCUAAAGUAAACUGUACAGUGAUCUACAGAGAAGGUUUAUACUGGGGUUGAAGAGAAUUGUAGUCAACUUCAUUUUGAAUAUUGUUUUAUUAUUAUAGUUAUUCAUAAACCGUAUAUCAAUCUAAUAAAUAGUAACAGCAGCCUGUGUGUA